AUGUGUACAGAAUACUACUGGAAGUUCCGACCUUGCGCGCACGAGCGCUUCAUCAACUGGAAGUAUUGCUCCGUCCUCCUGCCGCGAGAGCGAGUUCCUGCGAUGGGACAUCAAUGUCGACGCUACAAAAAGCGAUAUCGCGAUAACCAGCAGAGCUACAACUGCUACCAGUGCAUGCACGAGCGUGCUGCGCCUCUGUCUGGGUCCCCGGCCUGCGACUUGAGCUGCGGGCUGUGGGCGUGGAUGUGUAGGCGGUUGCGGGGGAGGCGAUAG